GGGCGCCCAGAGGAACACAUGGUCCGCGGGGCUCCUCAAUACCCUCGCGUGCCGCACGCCCCAUUUCAAAUAAACACCCGGGUCCACUUGGCGCGGCGAGACCCGCCAUCUGCCCAAACAGAGCAGGCGGAAAAUAAAUGCCGCGCUCCUAAACAAAUAAACCUUCGCGCCAUUCAGAACGCGCGGGACUGAAGCGCGGGAUAAAAUACGAUUUAUCCUCGCGAAGGGUAAACACGGCGACAGGGCUCUGAAUAUAUGAGGAGACCCGUGCAAUGCAGAGGUUUCACAGAGUAGCUAUAUAGUCAACAGGAAAGUAAUCAAGGGAAAGUGUAGGCGAAGUCGUUUUCAGGCAGAGAGCCACAGUGGGCUCCACUUAUAGGCUAUAUGUCAAACGUCUAAGUCCAAUUUGCUAGAAGAUGACAACCAUAGUAGAUAUCCACCUAGAGAAAAAUAUUAUUUUAAACGUUUUACCAAAAAAUGAUAACCUGUCAGUGUUGAAUAAUUGAAUGUCAUAAUGUUCCACUGGGAAUUGUGGGUCAUUGUUGAUUUCUCAACAUACCAUGUUAGCUGUUGGAGUUUGUCUAUAUUUGUAACCUUUUGUUGCAAAUUUUACUAAAAAAGGCCAAAAAUAGACUAUACAAAAAUAUCACCACCAUCAUCAUAAAGCUGGCUAGUCUCUUGAUCUUUCCAACCACAAAUGUGACAAACUUCAGAAGCGGAAUGAAGGAUCUUCUGACAAGCCUGUGAAGGUUUUUACAGUGAGUCUGCACAUCAACCUUACAUCCAGCAGAGGGUGAUACUGCAUCAAGAUGGACCAGACAACCUCCAAAAGAGGUUCUGAGGCCUUUUUCCAAAUUUCUGAUUUAAACCACCUCAUAAGUACGCUGUGUGCUCCUGGCCUUGUGUUUUAGGUUAUCUGUGAAACUACAAGAAUCUGAGAAAUAUGAGGGUACAGAGCGGCGUUACUUCUUCAGUCACUUUCUUCAUUGGGCGGAGAAUGAGAUGAUUGGCUGUCUUUGCGUUCCGUCAUGCAAGAGGCAGGGCUGUCACAGAAAUCUGUCCUUUUAGGGACAUAAUUGAGGCGGGCGGGACGGCAUGUGUGGGCGUGAUAGGGCGAUUGUGUCAGGGAAAGCAAGAUUGACAGGAGUGACAGCUCCAUUUAUUGGCUGCUAGAGUCUAGUCAGCAAAAGGGCAUUCAGGGCCACCGGCUGGCUCUGCUGGCGGCCUGUGCAGUCGGCGCCUGUAAUGCAUGAAGCCCUGGAGUCAUAGUAAACAGCAUCUGUAGUACUUCAGGAAUUUUAUCCAACAUGGAGGAUGAAGAGAUUCCUCCUGGGGAGUUCUGGGAACUCUGUAAACAUCGACGUCCAGAGGGUUGCGACCUCAAAAUGUGAAAACUGGUGAUGUUACAAAUCCCUCAAAACUGAAGAGGAAAUAUGCUUUUUGGACGACAUGAGUAUUUCAAACCAACCUGCCAUCUGAAGGCAGCGCUGUUGUCCUUUUAAAUUAAGCUUCUCCAUAUGCAUGAGCGGAGGGGACAUUGGCAACGGAGGAAAGAAGUGACGUGGUGGGGAGUCUAAUCAAGUGACCGACUGCUGAGCGAGCUCAAAACACGAGCUGUCCAUCAACGAUAGAUCAGGAGCGUCACGGUGGAUCCUGCAGGUUGACUGAGUCAUUUUGUUCAUCCUGCUAUAAUGAGUUACAGGAUCCACUUUGUUCCAGCACAGAGCUGCUUCCCUCCUCCCAUCCCUGCAGAGGCCUCUCUUUUACAACCUCAGGUGCUUCUGGAUACACUUAGUGCUCACUGUAUGUCACCUGGGAAUGCAUGGGGUCAACCCUUUCCUGACCUCCCACUGUAUCUGUGCUCACACAGCCAAAAAGAGAGAACAAGGGAGUAAGAAAAAGAAAGUGCCCUAAAGUCUCUCUAAUGUGGGAGAAAUCAUUUCACAUCUUCAGGUUUUUGUAGUGUUGUUCUUGUUUUAUUUUAGCCAACAUAUUUUUUAGGCAAAUAUAUUUUACAUGUGUUCAUCUAUAUAGAGCUUAAUUAAGAUAUAUAUAUAUAUAUAUAUAUAUAUAUACAAAAAGUCCUAUCUCUAUUGUAUAAUAACAAUUCUAAUAAAUUUAUAAAAUGUAAUUAAUACAUUUUCUUACAAUAAUUUGGUUACCAUGGUUGAGCUUGACUAAUGCAGUAAUCUCUCCAAUAUGUGUACAAAUUCAGAAAAUAAAAUAUUUAGACUACUUCUGAAAGUGUAUAGAUAUAUUACUUUUUGGUAUAAUAUUGUUUUUGAUGAUAAUUUGUUUAUAAUUAAAAAGUGUUGUACUACAACUAAUUAAAUAUAUUUCAUUAGAUCAUGACAGUUAUGAUUUUAUUUAAUAAUGAUGUCUAUGACACUUAUGAUUAUGUUGAUUUUAACUAUUAGAGUCAUGUAGGUCAAAAUCCAUUUUUCCAGAGGCAAAAAAAAAAAGACAUUUUAUGUGUUUAAAGCUAGAUACAUUUCAUGCUAGGUUAAUUUUAUGUUAGAUAAAGUUGAUCAAACAUACACAACACAACAAAAAUAUGGGAUUUAUAUCUCUAAUAUUUUAAAAGGGUCAUGAAAGACUGAAGUGUGCUGUAUUUUGUGGGAUGUGCCAGUAAACCAAUGCUGCUAAAUAAAAUAGUAUCUAAUGCAAAAUAACAGAUAGUAGCAACAGCGGUCAUUACAAAUAGCUAACUAUUAACUACUCUAUAAUUAAUCGCACUUUCACCUACAAAAUCAGAUGUGAGCUUUGCAUUAUUAAAAUGACCGCUAGCAAACAUAUACCAUGUCUUCGACAGAUUAUGAGCCGUUUAUAAUGCCUUUUUUUUUCUUCAAACUUAAGACAUGUCAGCCACUGUUAAAACUUUUAGGGUGCCUUUUCCACACAUUUUACUCGUUUUCAAGCGUUUCAAGACGCACUCGUGAUGUUGAGAUGCCAGAGAGUGUCUUUAACUUUAAUCGAAAUGCCACGAGCGUGAAAGUCAUCAGGCUGUCACGGAUCUGCGCGUGGCCAUGACCGGCAUGAUAAAGAACCGGACGGCUUAUCGGCGAGGAAAACGGCUAAUGGGCGAAAGAUGAGGAGAAAAACAAUAGCAAAGCGCAUCCUGUACAAUGGAUGCGAGGGAUACGAAGAGACAGCCGAAGAAACCGGCGCGAGAGCGAACCACGUCCUCAGUCAAGAGCCGGCGAAGAGGAGGAAAUGGAGAGAACUAAAUGGAGAGGACAUCUCAUCUUGCAAUGCUGACUAUAUUAAGUUCAAAACAAAGGCUUUUGAGGUUGACAAGCCCCUUGGAGAUGCGACAAGGGGUGCAGAUUUUACUAUGGAGGUGCUCGGAAGCCUCCAAUCACGUUCAAGGGCGGAGCUUAUCGCCAUGGUGUUGAGUAUGCAAAGGGAGAUGGACGGCCUUCGAGAGCAAAUCAGAAGCCUUACAGCUUGUGGGAAGUUGGCUCAGACACUUGAAGAGCUGAUCGAGAAGAGUGAUAGAUGGCUGUGUGGCAGCCAUGAAGCUGCAACUCCCAGCAUUCCAGGGGAGCUCGAGAGAAGCGGGCCACCCAGUCACAUUUCUCCUCCAAGGGUUCUUAGUGGAAGAACAGCUGAAUGUGCAAGUUCAGAGCAACAGGGGUGUGGUCAGCAUGAGGUCACACAAACAAUGCCUCAACGGAAUGGAACGCUUCCCGAACAAAAAGUUAUCACUGCUGAUCUCCUGGAGCGCUGCAACACAGGGACCACCGCUCAGAAACUCACCAAUGACCUGCUGCGCAGCCUCUACGACAGAGACUGUCUGGCCUCUCACUCCAUCUCAGGCAUCGUCAACAGCAAGCGAGGGAUACCUAAGCCAGCUCUUCCGGCACAUGAGAUCCAGGCCAUUCUGAGGACAGUGCAGCGGUUCUUCCCCGGAAAGACUGAUUCGGAAAUAAAGGGCUACAUACGACAGAAGCUUCAGAAUGAAGCCAAGAGGCUUCGGAAAAGGCCACACCCAGCUGAUGAUCCAUUGGUGGACUCAUCUGAGAAGAAGAGAGCAACGUUUGAGCAUUGAGUGUUGACUUUCAUUGGGCAUCCCCAGUGAACAUAUUUAGUUGCAGAAUUAAAAUCAAAUUUAACAACACAAAAUUCUGUUAUUAACCUUAAAGGGAUAGUUCAGAAAGAGUUCUGUCAUCAUUUACUUAAUUUUCAUUUAUUGCGGUUUGAAACGACAUGAGGGUGAGUAAAUUAUGACAGAAUUUUCAUUUUGAGUAAGGCUGCAUGGUUCAUCAAAAUAAAACCAAAACGGAUUAUCACAACGCAAAGGCUGCAGGUUAAUUUAAUAAGCAGAGUUUCAGAGUGAAGCGCAGCACUGGGCUCAUUUACACAGAAGCAACUCAUGAUCCAGUGUUUUCAGUAUGCUCAGUUUGCAUUAAAUAUCUGCUUGUGCUGUGCUUUGAGUCACCUAUAACAUACAUUUGGGAACUCAACCAUUGUCACAAAUUUGUAAUGAGAUGCCCUUGUAAACAGGCUGUUGUCAGCAAGAGAAUCUCUAAGGGCUCCCUGCAGUUUUCUGCCAAAAUAAAAGCUUGAUGGCUUAACAUUUUAAAAAGAAGAAAUUAAAACAGCAAAAAAUAUUAGUAUUGUAAUUCUAAAAAAAAAAAAAAAAGUUCUUAAAUACAAUUUUAAACCUAUCAUUUUAUUUUGCAUUGAAAUAUUACAAUAUUAAGAGUUAUUAUUAUUUUAAGAUUUUAUUGAAUAAUACUGUUAGUUAUUACUAUUAUUAGAAUCAAAAUUGUGGGCCAAAUUGUGCCGCCUAACAAACGAGCACAGCUAACCUGGAGCUUUUUUUUGUUUUAUUUUGUUUAAAUGCAAUUAAUUUUCCCCCACAAAUCGUGCAGCCCUGUUUUUGAGUUAACUAUCCUUUUAAGGUUUUAUCUAAGCUGUAGAGUUCAUGAAAAACUAUGUGUGUAUGAUUUUUAUCAUGUUGAUUACACAAAACUGUGACGACUUAUUGAUUUGAAAUUGCAAAACGAACCCCGGAGUCACAGUUAGAAGUAGAUGGAAAACAGUAGCUUCGACGUACCUCCAGCAUCACUGCCAGACGUUAUCACACACUGUUUGUCGUGCACUAAAACUUUGAAACCAAGUAGACUAAAGCUGUGAACACUGUGGCAGAUGGUUAAGCAUCGCUCUCCUGUAAAAUGACAUGGAUGUCACUUGGUAGGGGGGUUGCAUCGUGAUUGAUGUAGUUCAGACUUGUGGUAUUUUAGUUGAUCACAUGUUGAAAGUGUGCCCCGGCGUGUAAUGUGAAUAUAUUUUCUGUGUGUAAUGUGAAAUACACACGUGCCUCUUAUAUCGGACUCCUCACUGUGGCCUUAUCAGUCAGAAAACGCAGCAGUACAGUUCUCAUUUCGAAACCACUGUGAUUAUAUCCAUUAAAAAGACUUGUCUGUCUUGAACGUGUGGCGUUUUUUGUUUUGAUUGCAGAUUCUGUUCGUAGAAGCUUAUUGAAUCGGCUGCACGAAAACGCACACGUUUUUUACCUUUCCAGACAGAAGCACGCAGGCUCCUGAAGGCCAACGGCUGUGUGAGUAAAUUAACCCCGCACUCACCAGCUGUAUCACUGCACCCACCCCUUUCAGGGGAAAAAAACACAGCACCGAACACAUGGCACAAAGGACGGCGUGGGAACUGCAUAUGGUACAUAAUCAAUAGGCCUUAUCGGGCACACACAACCCGAACCGCAGACACACCAGCAUUGGGCUAGACCAUUAUCAGUGAUACAUGACCCUAAUCCAUUUAUGUGUCAAUGAUACAACAGAUUGGGGUUCGGGAAAACAGUGGCGUCGCACUGGGGACGAUAUCUUCUCCGAUCCAGCCAUCUUAAAAACUCUGCCUGUAUUUCCACUCAUCAGAUCUGCUAACAGCAAAUCAAUGGGCUUCUUUUGUUUCUGCAGGUUCAGACAUCCUCAUUGUGUCGAAGUGUUAUCGGCGGCAUGUUGUGUGUGUGUGCAUAAAUCGCUUUGAAUUUACCACCAGGAUGGAGGCCUCUCCCAGAAUGUUUUCUUUUAUCUAAUGUGAGGAUGUAAACGUUGCAAGGAAGCGAAUAUUUCAAACGGCGCUAAGGCAGAGCCAUUUGAUCUCUGAAAGCUCCAGUUGAUUUACGAAUAUGAGAAGUGCUUCAGCUGCAUUCGCCAAUAUUUUCGCUGCGCAGUCAAAGAAAACUUCAAAGUUGAAAGUUGGAGCGUUAAACAGUCCGCCGGGCUCGCAUCCUUCUCUGAAGGGGCCAACGCAAACACGCCUCGGCCCUCCGCGGGGCUCUCGCUGAACCUGGGUAAAAGCAGCAGGGAGGACAACCAAAAUUAAACGUUUGCAGAACGCAGGAGAAACGCCUCCUCCUGUAGGCCCAUGCGUUUCCCGCAGAGCUGUAAUAUGUCAUCUGGGCAGCCACUUCGGUGGAGGACAUAUCCCACAAUGCCCUGCAAGGCAGGGUGCCACGGUACCCGUUGCGGCUCACUAACACGCCUCCACGUGCCAUCUUAACUUUUCAUUUGUCUUCUUCUACCUGUCAAGGGGAGGAAAAAAUGGUUCGGAGGGAAAGAUCCUCCCCGACGGAAUCAUGAUCUAUCAGUUGUACUUCUGUGCCGUUAAAUGACAUUGCACUUUUAUUCAACGUUCCACAAGCAGAAACAGUCUAAUUCAAUCAUCUUAAUCCCAGUCAUAAAAUAUAUUGUUCUUUCAGGGAUUAGACUUUGCAAUUAAGGGCUACAUUCACACAUGCUUUAAUUGUAGAUUUUUGCUUUGCUUUGUUUUGUUUGCAUCUUUUGUAUGUAUAAUACAAGC